CCUGCGCACCGACCCACUUGACUGACUGACUGACUGACUGACGGGAAACAAGAUGGCGGCGCCCGUCCGGGAGGAGGUGUCGCUCAGCAAACCGCCCGUCAUCGAGGGCUUCCAUCCCGCCCCCAGGCCCCGGGAGGAGAGCUUCAGGGACAAGUUCAUCAGGAAGACCAGCGAGAACCCGUUCGUGCCCCUGGGAAUGUUAGGCACAGCUGGUGCUCUGACCUACGGUCUAAUCGCUUUUAACCAUGGCAAGACUCGACAUUCACAACUUUCCAUGCGAGCACGUAUCUUUGCCCAAGGUUUCACCAUUGUUGCUAUUGUUGUGGGUGUGGUAGCCACAACUUUAAAGCCCAAAUAAAUGCAAUUUCUGCCCAUCUUUUGGGAAAUGAUGUAGGAAUAUCAAGUUGUUGCAAAUGCAAGACAAUAUACCUAGGAAAUUUCUUAUAAAUGCACUAAAUCUGAAAUACCCAACAAUCAAAUGGCUUCUAUUUGAGGAACAAAAUUUUUAAUCCAGAACCAUUAAAAGGUUGGACAAUGCCAGUAAGUUUGUAAGAUAGCAGUUGUUUGCCUUCUCUACCUACCUAGCGAAUGCUUUAAGAUGCUGCCAUCUCUGCAGUGUAAUAAAUGAUGUAUAAGUGUUUGCUUAACUUCAUUUUCUUGUGAGUGUAUUUUUGUCAUUGUUACCAAAAUGUGCAUCUGCUCCAGUAAAAGCUGGGUUUAAAUUGGUGAUCUUGAAAGGUUAUAUUAAAAUUCAUUAUAUGCUGA